AUGAGAAAACUAUCACAUCCAGUCACCAUCAUCACCACCAACUGCCAUCAAGAAUUUCAUGCUGCAACCAUCUCAUCCUUAACUUCAAUCUCAUUAGAUCCGAUCCCAUUAAUCUCAUUUUCUUUAAGACUACCUUCUAAAUUAUUUAAUCUCAUUUCACUUAACCAUCAUCAUCCUUUCAAUGUACAUCUUUUAAAUCACGAUCAUCAAUCUAUUACCCUUUCAAAACGUUUUUCUAAACCUAGAUCGUCUUUAGAAACCAAAAUCGGUUUGGAUGAUGAUCAGAAACAGCUUAUUGGGGAUCAGAUCGGCUUGGGAAGAUUGGUUUGUUCGAUUUGGAAAACGAUUGAAUUGAUGGAAGAUUCAAGUAAGGAAAAAGAAGUGAAAUCGGUGUUGAUUUUGGCUAAAGUGAUCAAAGUCAUCGAUGUUGAAACUCUUCAUCAAUCUAAACCUUUGCUAUACUAUAAUCAAACGUAUACUACUCUGCAAGAUUAA